AUGGAGAACGAUAUACUCGAUUCACUGAAUGAUCUGGGAUAUGAAGGCCCUCUUUCAAAUGAAGUUGAUUUCUCAAAGGCAAUUGAUGGAGGUCCAAAAUCUCUUGAAUACACUAAACUAGUCCAUAUUCUCGCUGAGGAGAUUAAAAAGCUCUGUAAUUUAGAAGAAACAGUGAAUGUUAUGAACGAUCCAGAUGAAUCCAGUUCCUUCCUUUUAGAACUUAGCUCAUUUUUAAAAGAGCUUGGUUGUCCCUAUAAGAAAUUGGUAACAGGACAUAUGUCGGCAAGAUUACAAUCAAAGGAAGAUAAGAUAUUACUUCUUGAUUAUUUGGUAUCCGAGCUUAUGGCAGCUAGAAUGGUCAGUGUAGACUGUCCAAAAGAAAAACAAGGCUCGGGCAUGAAUAUUGUUAUGCAAGAGUCACCAACGGCUAAGGACCUGAAGGACAUAUUAAUCACAUUGAAGUUUAACAAGCCUCCACCGAACAUUACUCCCGAAAUAUUGUUUACAAAACUAAAAGCGAAAUUAAAAGACACUAUACAAAAAGAGGGUGAGUCAUUAAUAGGCAAGCCCUUAUUUAAUAAGGCUGUAACUGAAAAAGAUUGGAAGCAGUUGGAAAAUACUUUUACAGAAUUAUUUGAAGAGUAUAGACUGAGAAGAGAAACUCUUAUAACAAGAUUAGAAUGUACUAUACAAAGUUUUGAGUGGUCUGACCGUUUAAAAUCAAAAAAGGACCAAAUUCAAUCAACUUACAGACCGAAACGAGAAAACUUAAAACUAAAGCCAAAUGUGAAAUUGUCCGAUUUCCUAGCAGCACGCUCAUCAUUGCUAGCCAUUGAAAAGACUUCAAGUGCAUCAGUAAGGAAGAAUACACAAAGCGAAGUCAAUAAAGUUCUAAUUGGUCGGGUGCCCGAUAGAGGGGGCCGACCAAAUGAGCAACAACCCCCACCACCAGAAAUGCCUUCAUGGCAACAGCGAACAGCAGCACCCCAGGGUGGACGCGGGGGAGGUCGUGGUGGCGAAGGUGGUAGGGGGGGUAGAGGUGGAGGCAGGGGUGGUGGAAGAGUCCAGGGGGGAUACAAUCAAGGGAAUGGAGAUCAAAGAGCGCAAACCAGUCCCGCUUAUAACCAAAAUCAACGCAACUUCCAGACAUAUGAAGUGCCUCCAGGUGGUUACAACCAAAAUAACCAAGGUUAUAGGAAUCAAGGUUACAACCAAAACAAUUACAAUCAGGGUUAUGAUAGCAUGGGAAGUUAUAAUCAAGGACCUGGUUAUAACAAUCAAGGAGGUGGUUACAAGACUUACCAACCGCAACAAAAUCAGGGCUACCAAUCGAACCAAGGAUUCCAAAAUCAGGGUUACCAACGUUAUGAAGAAGACCGACGGGGCCGUGGGGGCUAUAGAGGUCGCCGUUGA